UCCCACAGGCCAUUUUCGCAGAGCGAGUUCUGUGCAGGUCUCAGGGCACUCUGUCAGACCUGCUUAGGAACCCCAAACCUUGGGGAAAACUCAAGUCUGGCCGCGAAACCUUCAAGAGGAUGUCCCGCUGGCUACAGGAGCCAGAGUUUCAGAGGAUGGCCUCGUUACGUUUGGAAGCUUGUAAGCGUAAGGAGCAGGAGCAAUCCAAGCUAGAACGCAACCAGGGGCCCAAGCGCACCCGGCUAGUCUUCACAGACCUGCAGCGUCGCACUCUUAUGGCCAUUUUCAGAGAGAACCACCGACCGACCAAAGACCUGCAGAUCACCAUUUCUCAGCAGCUUGGCCUUGAGCUUUCCACAGUAAGCAACUUCUUCAUGAACGCUCGCCGCAGAAACCUCAACCGCUGGACCGAAGAGGGCCGCCCAUCCUCCACUGGCUCAUCGGGGUCCAGCACUGCAUCUCCAGCUGUGACCUGCUCCACGGCGUGAUGGGAAAAUUAGCCGUUUUUCGCUCUGCACAGCACAGGUUUACCUGUAGCUCCUAGAGUUUGAGAUUUUUAAUCAAGGGUGUUUUUGUAUACAAUUCAACAGCAUAUGAAACCAAAGAUGAAGUCUGAUGUUCGCAAUGUCUAGAUGAGACAGGAUUUGAUUGUAGUUUUAGCAUUGAUUAUUUUAGCUUUAAUCGCAAAGGAUUGGCCCGACACAUCAGGGCUUAUGAAAUCACUCACUAAUCAACAUAUUGAGGGUUAUGAAAAGCUACUGAAUAGAUAUUGAAUCUAUUCAUUUUGUUAUUCAUUACAGUGUCUAAAAUCAGUGCAAAUGUUUCUAUUUUUUCUUUGUUGAUCAUGACCGUCAAAAUGAUAUUUUUAGAGUUCUCGAAAGAGAGAGAGAUGAUUUUGCAACAAAUGGAAAAGGAAUGACCAAAGAAACAAACAAGGAUGCAAAUGAAUCUUUCAGAGAUUCUUUUAAAGGGGAAAAACUACUGGAUAAAGAAGCUGAAACCAAAAUAUGAAAAUUUUUUAGGAGCUUGUUUUCUUUUUAUACACCUUCGUGACAAAAAGCUAGGCCUCAUAGUCCAAAAAAGGCAUCUGCUGUGUGACAACUAAAGUCUCAGCACAGGACUGGAGUUGUAUCCUCUCAGACAAUAUGAGGAGGAACUCAGCUAUGACUCUUUUUGCAACAGACUUUUAACUUGUUGGUGAGUUUCUGCUGACAGAAUGGCUGUGAAGAGGAAUCCAGGAUGCUCUUGCAUACUUUCCAUCUGAUUUCAAAUGAUUCCUUAGAUGUCACACUGAGGAUGGAGAAAUCCAUUCAUUUUUUGUAAAAAUUUCAAGCACACAAUCUGGCCGAUGGCUGUUCGUACCGGAAAAAGCUCAAAAUCUCGAAGAACCUGAUGAAAAAUACUCACAAAAAGCUUGAAUUGAACAGGAACUGAGAACCACUUUAUGUAUUUAUAAUUAUUUAUGUAUUUAUUUCCAAUCUUCUAGCUAUUUAUUUUAUUUAUUUGCUAGUUACCAUCAGUAUUUAUUUCACAGAGUGUUGUUUGUGUGUAAAAAAUGGCCCCUAUCUCUGAUAGGAGUCCCAAUACCAAAGAUGAAUAUUUGUCCUCCCUGAAUGUCCAACGUUUCUCAUCUCCUGAACGCUGUGUUAGUAUUUCGAUAUCCAAGCUAGCGUACCCAUCCAUGUUCAUCGUUCAAAUGUGCUGCAUGUCUAGACCCUUUAGGCUGCAGCCUGACCGAACAAAUAGCGUCUCAGCGUGAUCGUAAAACAGCACACAAGUAGCUGUGAAGUCGAGAUGAUUCUAUAUUUAGGCUGUUGAACUGUGAUCUCCUCACUGCAGUCCACAUUUACUGUACGAUGAUUGUACGUGCUGUGCCGUGGUCUCUCGGGUUGGGCCGUCUAGGGAGAGAUCGUCCCUUUUUCAAUGCUCUUUCACGUUCCCCCGUGUUUAACCUUUGCAGGGCAUGUAGUGAGGCCCCUUCACAGCACACUCUUGAAAGAGGGCCCAUGAAAGAGGCCAUCGACUUUUGCCGACUUCAAAGAGGCCCUUUUUAUCUGUGUCCUCUCAGCGGCGGGGGCCGGAGCUCUGCACUCGGUAGGGCCCAUGGGCUUAGGGCGUUCACGGGGAGGGGUGGCAGAUCAGAGGCUAGCAGCAUUACCGAAUCACGGUGAGGAAGGGGAGGGGAGGGGUGGUGAAUGGGAGUUUGGGGAUGUGAAUUAAAGUUUAAUGAGCGACAAUUGUAAGCGUGCUGCGCGAGGGGCAAAGGGUGUCGGCGUGUGUGCGUCUCAACUCUCCAGGUCACCCUGUUGCAGCACUGGUGGUUAGCCGGGCCUCUCUUUUUGUAGAGAUGUAAUGAUUUAGGUUAUAAUAAUUUGCAAACUUACGCGGUAGAUGGUUAGAGAUCACUCGACGACCUGUAGCGUCCCGAAGAUCAACUUUAGCAGAUCAUGGCAGACGCGUCUAACGUAAUUUAGUAUUUGGCGCCUCCCAGUGGACAUUUUAUUCACACGCUUACUGAGAGGAACAUAAAUCACGCCAUAUUCUCGUAGUGUUUAACAUCUUCAGAUACAUUUGAAAGAGUUGCUACAAUGUGUAAAUCGUAGGUGAUAUUUCCAUUUCGCCGUCCCGCUGAGGGGAACCCGUUUGGCCAUUUUUGUUCUAGCCUUCCCGACAGCUCUAAUUUCAUCUACCUCAACUGUGUGUGAUGUGUCGUGUAGCUGAGAUGUAACUGUACCAAAGAUCCCAUCCAUUCAGGGAGCGUCUGUGCGUUACUAUAGCCAAAUGUGCUGGAAUCAAUCCGUGAACACAACUAAAUCACAGCCCUACCUGCAGGCAGAGAGAACCUUGUUUGAGUGUGUGUGUGUGUGUGUGUGAAAUGAAAUUA